CUCUGCCGCUCUCCGUAGUUUGCGGAAGUGUCUGCGGUCAGAGCAGAGCGAUGGUCUGCGCCGCAGGUCCGCAUCAGGACAUUUUGGAGUCACAUUUGGACUAAAUUCAGGUCUAAAGAUGUCCGGGGGAACCCGUCUGGAGAACGCGAACCCGGUGAUCUUCCAGCGGUCCGGGGAGCGGCUGCUGACGGCCACCGAGGAGGACCAGGACGUCCACGACCCGAUCGACGACCGCGAGAUCUUCGAUCUGAUCAGAUCCAUCAACGACCCGGAGCAUCCUCUGUCUCUGGAGGAGCUCAACGUGGUGGAGCAGGUCCGAGUCCAGGUACGCGCCUUUAACCGAGGCCCUCAAGGGUUAAUUACAGGCUGGAAACUUUAUUCAGCUCUGUGAAACUCUGAGCCCGUUUUUCCUCCCUCCUGUUGUGUUAACUGUGUGUGUUCACGUGUCCUAAAUGUAGUCCAGAUUGUGUAUCUGAGUGUUUCAGUGAUAACGUGUCCGACUGUCCAAAAAAAACUG